UGGGAAAUUUCUGGGAAAGUGACACGCUUGCUUUCCCCCCUCGUUUGUGCGCCUGCUCUGUAAACGCUUGCUCUUACAUGGCUUUCUCAGAGAAAGUAACGUUGCCCAUUGUAAAUGCGCCCCCAUCGCGCGCCCCGGUCACACCCUCUUGCCAACCCUCAACUAAACCGAACGCAGGUGAAGCGGGAAGAAACUGUGGAAGUUCUGUCAUUUGUGCGAAACCGGAGUUGGGUAGAUAAUGAAAUAAAAUGUCACAAAUGAUGGACAAGUCCACUGAGAACCCCAGCAAUGACACGGUGUCCACCAAGAGCAACAAAUCCAUCAAGAGCGAUGAGAAGACGUCGACUGAUGGUGUCAUAAAUUUGGGCAUGAUGGGGAAGUUUAAAAGGAGCCUCCGGCUUCCAACACAACCUCCGUCACCCAGUCUGAGUGCUGGUUCUGCAUCCACCUCUCCAAAGAGCAACCAGAAAAAGUCCAGACCACUAACACGAUCAAACACAGAACCCAUUAUCCCAAAGUUUGAUAAUACAUUUAAUAGACUGAGAGAAUCAAUUCGUUGGAGACAGAAAAAGGAAGUGGAUACACUCCCCUCUGAAGACUUGAAGGAAGAAAAAGAACCCCGUAUGCCAAAGUUUGAUAAAAGAUUAAAGAGAAUGAGCGAAUCUUUUCUAUGGAGAUGGAAAAGGGAAGUGGAUACACUCCCCUCUGAAGACUUGAAGGAAGAAAAAUAUCCCAAUAAUACUGUUAAGAGAGAGUUUUCUUUUAGACAGAAAGGACACGAGGAUAGACGCUCCUCGGUGGAAGUGAAACCUACGUUUGAGGAAUUCCUUGAAAUGCAAGCCUUUUGUGAGGCCACUCAGCAACUGAUAGACAGGGAGAAACAUCUGUUUUGGGAGACAGCUGAGGCUAACAAGGAAGCAGUAGAAAAGCUUGCUGCAGACCAUAAAGCUCUUGCAGAGCGUGUAUGGCAGAUUCUGCAGCAGAGUCUUUCUCUCAGCAGUGAGGAAGCAUCAGUGUCUGCUUUGACAUCUGCAGUGAAAGCCAUCAACCUUGAGGAAGAGCAGGACCAGCUGUGGAGACAAAGAUGCCGGACGCCACCAGCCUGGAGGCCCAAGAAGUGGAAGGAGCACCAUGACAAAGUGCUUCAUGAAUUAGUGAAAGGGCGUAUGGAUAACCAAUCGAGCCCCACUGGUGACCAGAUGAACCAGUCCUCGAUCCAGGCAGACAUCCAGUCCAUGGGCAGGCAGCUGAAGGAGGACCUGCAGUGGGUGGUGGAGGAGGUGAAGAACUGCUACCCACCAGAGAUGGACAUCUGUAACUUUUAUGCAAGACAGUACCAUCAAACUUUCAGCGCAAGACUCAAAAAGAUUGCAGACUUUGUUCUGGAUGACAAGGACUGCAGCUUCCUCCUGCGAUGGGUGAAGGAGUUUUAUCCAGGAAUCCUUGAAAAACCUGAGCUGGCCAAUAAUAUCAAUACUGAAGCGCUGGGAAACCUGCUUCCUGAUGAGUUACUGAAACCUCUGGAGGAGGAGUACCUCAGCAAACAACAGAGCGACCUGAUGAUUUUUAUUGGCCGAGUAUUGGAUGAAGCAAAGAAAGAGUGGGAUCAAGGAAAGGAGCCGACAAGAGAUGAUGGUUGCUACGCCAGUCCCGUGGCCUAUGAUGUCAUCCAGUUUAUCAACGGCAUCGUGACAUCAGCACAUAUAACUGUAAGAGACCUGCACAAGGCCCAGAAAAUAACAUCCAACCUGACAGACUUCAUGCAGAGGUAUCAAAAUUUUCAUGAAGACAUCAUUAAGCAAAACAAACCGCACAGCAAAGCUUUCAUAAAGGCAAACCUCAGCUGUGUCAAACAGUUCAGGGACCUUCUUGUGAAGAGUGAUCUGUUCCCAGAGGAUGUGCGGGAAAACUGUUUGCAGGUCCUGACUGAGAUGAAACAGUCUGCCCACACUUAUUUAUUAACUCCUGUGCACAAGAUCCUCAAACCACACUACAAGAAGGUGGGAACCAGUGACUGGCUGAAGAAGAACACGUUUGAGAAGCUGCUGAAAAGCACUGAAGAAGAGCUUCAAGAACUUCAGGGCUCGAGUCAGUCCUCUUACCAGGAGCUGAUUGGUCGGCUUCACCAGGAAGUGACAGAAGAAUAUGUCCAGAGGCUCCUGAAAGGAGAGGUCAAACUGAAGGACAGCAAUCAGCAGCAGAAGGCUUACGAGAUUGUGAAAGAAAAUGCAGAGAAACUGCACGAGCUGUUUGCCAAAAUGGGAUCCAAAAAAGACUGGUUAAAGGAAAUCCUGACCAACAUUGCAGAAGUGCUAAAACUCCAAGAUAUUCCUGCCAUACAGAUGCAAAUCGUUUCACUGGGAUCUGCUUAUCCCGACCUCAGUGAAAAACAUGUUUCGGCUCUGCUCAAACUCAAAGCAAACCUCUCCAAAGCCGACAAGAAAACAAUCAAAACCACAGUGCUGGACAUACUGAAAGAAAGCCAUACUAAUGCUGAAACCCGGACGUUUUUCUCCAAAGUUGACGUGAUGAGCCGUUCAUUUGCUUUUCAGAGUAUCACUGACUGAGAGUUGGGUUGCAGAGUGUAUUAUAUUGUGUGAUAGAUAAGAUGGAGUGAAUGCUAGUGUUUUUAGUCUGUCUGUAAAGAUGUACAAAGUGACUGCCAUGGACAUUUCUCCACGUAUUUUUUCUUGUUGUCUGUUAGUGUUUUUCAAACUUUUUGUUGACUUAAGCAACAGUGAGUGUCAGCCUAAGUGUUUUUUUCUAUUUAAUUAAUUAUUAUUUUGAAAGAUCAUGACUUAUGUGGAAACACUUCCUCCUUGGACCUCAGACACUGUUAUUCCAUUUUCUACAGUCAAACUUUCUCCUUAAUUCUUGUCUUAGAGGUGCAGGCUUCUCUCUUAAAACAUCGUCACCACGUGCUCUGCUUCACUUGGAGGUAAACAUAGUUUUGUACACAGAGAAAUGGGGGUGAGGAAAUGUGCAUGUUGGUUCCAAAUGCUUUUGAUUUACUAGCAUACGCACAUUGUUGACAUCAGAAUAGUCUGGCAUGCACGUUUCACAAAUCUAACAGUAAUUUUUCGUGUGAACUUGUUUAUGUAUUAGUAAAUGAGGCCCAGUGUCUCCACCAUGUUUCACAGAUAAUGUGGUAGUGAAAUGGAUCACAAGCUGUUUCUCUCCUUCUCCUGACUUUCUCUUCCCAUGUUUCUUAAGUUACAAGUUACAAGUUAAUCUUGGUUUCAUCUUCUCAAAGAUGGUUUUUCGAAACCUGUGCGAGGUGUUUUAGAUGUUUUCUGGCAAAUCUAAUCUGACCUUCUUGUUCUUCAGUUUAACCUCAUGUUUGCACCUUGUUGUAAACCCUGUAUAUUUACAGGGUUUACAACAAGGUGCAUGAAAUUUAUUUCAUGCAUCACUUGACAGUAACACACUUACCUCUCCAAGAGGGAACUUGUUCCUGACUUGUCCAGAUGUUGAGAAGGAGUUUUUCAUAAGCAAAGAAAGAAUUCUGUUAUCAUCCACUUUAGUUUUCUUCUUUGGUCUUUCAGACCUUUCAGUGUUGCUGAGCUGGUUGGAGCAUUCAUUCUUCUUAUGAAUAAGUCAGAUUGUUGAUUCGGCCGUUUCUAGUCAAGUUUUUGCUGUCUCAGAUGGGUUUAUUUUGAUUUUUGAGUCUAAUCACACCGCUUUCACUGGCAUUAACAUCUCUUUAGACCUCAUGACUACAUUCCAGUGAAAUAAUAUAAACUCCAGAUCUUUUAUCUGCUUAAACUGUCAUGGAAAAAUCAUGGAACAGACCUCACCUAAUCAUGAAAAUACUUAUCAAUCAACUGUAUAGUACAGGUAGCCUGCAUUUAAACAAACUGUGUAAAUUUGAUUGAACUUAACCAUCUUCAUAUGUAAUUUAUUUUUAAUCAAAUCAUUUUGUAAUUUUACAAAGAGUCAAACAGAGCAUAAGCAUGGUGUUACACUUUAAUUUGCAUUUAAGCACGAAAGAAGACAUUUAAAGUCUUAUGCAACAUUUAGCGAUAUUUGCAAGUUCUUUCUUUGGUUAAAGAAAAUACAAAUUAAUUGACUAAACACAAACUGAGUUAGCUUACAUUUAAAACCAAGAAAAUUUUCAACAUUUGUUCAUCGUAAUACAACAACAAGUACUGUUGUUUUUAUGCCAUGGUGGACUCAGACACACAUGCUUUACACCACAGCAACAUUUAUGACCCUGGAUAAUAAUAAAUCUACUGGAAGUGCAAGGCCAGCUGCUGAAAUCACAGAAACCAUGUGUUGUAACAAAAUGGAUAAAUAAUACUCUGAAGCGCUGGAACAUUAUUUCACAUGUAACCUUUGGGUAAACAGUGAAGUUUUCAUUUUGAUAUUAUCCAAUAGUUUUGUAAGAAUAGAACAGAAUAGAAUAGAAUAGAAUAGAAUAGAAUAGAAUACUACAAUAUAAGGUACUGCUUUUUAAAAGAAAAUACACAACCACUGAAAGAAGCCAGAAUUUCUGCAAUAAUUUAUGUUUGUUUCUUGGUUUGUGCAAGUUAGUACUGAAUAAUUCUUUAUUCUUGUAUAUGUACCAGAAGAUAAAUGGUAAUAUUUCGUUGACAGUAAAGUAACAAAACACACUGUUUAAAAAUAUUACCUUUGUCCUGUGAUGUUUUACACACUAUUGUUUGACAUCAGAAAAAGAAAAAUGACAUAUUUCACAUAUUUCAAUGACAUGUCAAUCUCAAGGAAACCAGACAUAUAGCCGUCAAAGUCAAUUCAUUUCUCAGGUAAAAAUAUUUUAAUGUGUAUUAUUAUUAUUGUUAUUAUCAUUUAUUUAUUUUGUAUUUAGUAUAAGUGGCUUAAGCUGGGGUUUUUUUCAGUUUUUCUGAUUGUAGCUAAGAAGAUUUAAACAUUGCUUUACU